UCUUAUUGGUCUGUCCUAGCGCCAUAUUUUGUUUGUGCUGUCAUUCUUGAUUUUGAGUAUUAAUUGAGGUUAUUUCGGCGCUCUGACGCCGUUGUUGUUUUUAUAAAAGUGAUACCUAGAUAACAAUACAAGAAACAUGAAGCUCGUCCGUUUCUUAAUGAAACUUAGUCACGAAACAGUUACAAUUGAAUUAAAGAAUGGUAGCGUCGUCCACGGCACCAUCACCGGCGUCGAUGUCGCUAUGAACACACAUCUCAAAGCCGUAAAAGUAACUUUAAAAAAUAAAGAAGAAUUGCAAUUGGAGACUUUAAGUAUACGUGGGAAUAACAUACGAUACUUCUUGUUGCCUGACAGUUUGCCUUUGGAAACAUUGUUAAUCGAUGAUACACCAAAAGGAAAGGGUAAGCGUGAGGGCUUCCAGCGCGGUGGUACGAGAGGCGGCAGGGGCAGAGGCCGGGGAGGCCGUGGAGGCCCGAGAGGUGGACGUGGAGGUCGUGGACGAGGCCGCCGAUAAGCAUAGUGUAUAUUAGUUUUUAAGUAUUUGUGAUUACAUUCUAAUUCCUACCAAAAGUUGUCUCAUUGAAGUGAAGAACGUGAUGUGAGUUUAUACUGCGUAUUAAAGAAUUUCCAUCUUUGCAAA